AUGUCCGUACCUCGGGUGUCGAUAACCAGGGAUGCCCAGGGUCUUCAUGAAGUGGUGGACCCGCAAGACAAGAUGCUAGACCGAGUUGGCAAUGCUCUGAUGCGGAUGCUUCAACAUGAGUAUGGCCCGGCGGCAUCAUUAACCAACGCAGAAGAGAUGAAGGAGCUGAUGAAAAUUCGUAACCCGGAGUUGGCUCACCUUUCUGCCAGAGAUGCCGUUGCUGCGUUGCACGCUGAGCUGGUGUUGUAUGCGAAGAAAAGGGACCCUUUUGAUCGACAGUUCAAGUCCACUGACACUCCACUUCGGUGGUGGAAAGCUGUUCGUAAAGAUGAGUCCGCAAAAGUCCUGGGAGUGUUGGCAACAAAAUUGUUCUCUGUGGUGCCGAACUCAAUGGCUGAUGAGCGGACAAUGUCCCAGGUCGAUUAUCUGCACACUGCACGUCGCAACCGUGCAGAUUUGACAUCUUUAAAAGAUCAGAUACAGAUCCGCCAAUGGCAUAAGUACAAAACUUCGGAGCCCAGCCCCAGUCUUGGACUGACAGUGAAGUGGCGAGACAUGAAGGCGACCAUUAUGGAGAAAUCUCGAGUGUUCGAGCUACGCUCCGACAAGCCGUCAGACUCAGAGCAUGAACAUGUGCGACGUGAGCUUGAUCCAGCACCUGAGGACGAAGGGAGCGACGACGGACAAAGCGCUGACGACGAACUCGACGGUGACACAGCGAUGCGUGACUCAGACUCCGAGCUCAUCGCAGAAUCUGCACGCCAUAGGCGACGUCGUGUCCGGAGUAAAUAUCCCACGGACCGCUUCGUCGUCGGCGACGGCAUUAACCUGGGAUCACCAUUCUUGCACGAGUUGCUUGAUGAUGGCACGGGGGAGUCUGUCGGGCAAACGAAGGCUCCAGGAGCCCGGAAAAGCGGACAGAAAGGCAAAGAUAAAGAUCAUAGCGUGCUGUCGGCUCCCGCUGAACCCGUAUCACCGGUGAAAUUCCAGUGGAAGCGGCAGUGA